ACAAAACCCUAAUUCUCCCCUUCAUUUCCCUAGAAAGAAAAAAAACACAGCAACAGCAGCUGCGGAAAAAGAUGGUUUCGGGGUCAGGGAUCUGCGCCAAAAGGGUGGUGGUAGAUGCAAGGCAUCACAUGUUGGGAAGGUUAGCGUCGAUAUUGGCUAAGGAAUUGUUGAAUGGGCAAAAAGUUGUGGUUGUAAGAUGCGAAGAAAUUAGCAUGUCGGGUGGAUUGGUGAGGCAGAAAAUGAAGUACAUGAGGUUCUUGAGGAAGCGUAUGAACACUAAACCUUCUCAUGGUCCUAUCCAUUUUCGUGCUCCUGCUAAGAUCCUAUGGCGUACCAUUCGUGGAAUGAUUCCUCAUAAGACUAAGCGCGGAGCAGCAGCACUUGCUCGUUUGAAGGCUUACGAAGGGAUUCCAGCUCCGUAUGAUAAGAUAAAGAGGAUGGUUAUUCCCGAUGCUCUCAAGGUUUUGAGGCUUCAGAAAGGACACAAGUAUUGUUUGUUAGGCAAGCUCUCGUCAGAGGUCGGAUGGAACCACUAUGACACUAUCAAGGAGCUUGAAAGGAAGAGGAAGGAAAGAGCUCAAGUGGCAUACGAGAGAAGGAAGCAACUCACUAAGCUCAGGGUUAAAGCCGAGAAGGUGGCCGAGGAGAAGCUUGGCACGCAGUUGGAAGUUAUUUCUCCAAUCAAGUAUUGAUUCAUCUGGGUUUAAGUUUAAUGCAUCUUUCUGAGUAGCUCAUAAUUUUAUUGUUCUUUUGAAGUAGAUGUUAAUGCUUACAUGCGUUUGGAGGAGACCUUUUUUUUUUUUCCUUUGAAAAACAUGUCCUUUUACUGCAAAAACACCACUCAGAUUUUGGUAUCUGAUUAGAACAGUAUUUUCAGACAUAAGUUUUGGUUGCUUGAGUUGUCAGUGUUACACUUGUUCUGGAUUAUAUGGUUAUCUAAAUAUAUGACUAAAAAUUAAGUCUGUUUAGAAAACAUA